GAGCAAGUGCUUCCUUUGGGCUUGCUUGCUGCUAGGUUUAGCAACAGCUUUGUGCCUAUAUAUUUUUUAAGUUUGGUGCCUAACACAUUGGCAUUCGCAUUACUUGCUAAAACCACCAGUUUUUGCAGGUUGUUACGCACUAACUUGCGAGGUUAACGUAACCGGGGAAGCAUCUUUGAACAACAAUUGGAAUACGAAAUUACGAUGCCAUCCCCGAUGGAGGGAUCUUCAAGAGAAGGUGACCUGUUUACUGUGAAACACGAGCUAAAAAAUGCCAACCUGACGGGCCAUGUAGAGAGAGUGGGCAUUGAAAACUUUGAGCUAUUAAAGGUGUUGGGCACAGGAGCAUAUGGCAAGGUGUUCCUGGUGCGGAAAGUCAGUGGUCACGAUGCAGGGAAGCUGUACGCUAUGAAGGUUUUGAAGAAGGCCACCAUUGUACAAAAAGCAAAGACUGCUGAACACACACGGACAGAGCGGCAAGUCCUGGAGCACAUCCGCCAGUCGCCAUUCCUUGUCACACUUCACUAUGCCUUCCAGACAGAUACCAAGCUGCACCUCAUCCUCGAUUAUGUAAAUGGUGGGGAGCUCUUCACACACUUGGUGCAAAGGGUGCGGUUCAAGGAGCAGGAAGUAGCCCUGUACAGUGGGGAAAUUGUGUUGGCACUAGAGCAUUUACACAAGCUUGGGAUUGUCUAUCGGGACCUGAAGCUUGAAAAUAUUCUGUUGGACUCAAAUGGCCAUGUAGUACUUACAGACUUUGGUCUUAGCAAAGAAUUUGAUCAGGUUGAGAGGGCGUUCUCUGUCUGUGGUACAAUUGAAUAUAUGGCUCCAGAAAUUGUGGAGGGAGGAGAGUCUGGACAUGACAAGGCAGUGGACUGGUGGAGCCUCGGCGUACUCAUGUAUGAGCUUUUGACUGGCGGAUCACCCUUCACCGUUGAUGGAGAUGAGAACUCUCACACAGACAUUGCCAAGAGGAUUUCAAAGAAGGAUCCUCCUUUCCCCAAAGAUAUGGGUCCACUGGCCAAAGAUCUCAUCCAGCGACUCCUCAUCAAAGAUCCAAAGAAGAGACUGGGCUCAGGUCCUAAUGGAGCUGAAAAUGUGAAGAAACAUCCAUUUUACCAGAAAAUUAACUGGGAGGACUUGGCUGCUAAGAAGGUGCCUGCCCCAUUCAAGCCAGUGAUUCGAGACGAGCUCGAUGUCAGCAACUUUGCAGAUGAGUUCACGGAGAUGGACCCUACAUACUCCCCUGCAGCUCUGCCUCAGAAUUGUGACCGCAUCUUCCAGGGCUACUCCUUCAUGGCCCCCUCCAUCCUGUUCAAGAGGAAUGUGGUGAUGGAUGACCCCGUCCAGCUGUGUGGGGGCUCUGAGAGGCCAGGCUCUGCUGCAGUGGCCCGCAGCGCCAUGAUGAAGGACUCACCAUUCUAUAUGAGUUAUGAGAUGGACCUGAAAGACAGUGCUCUGGGAGAGGGUAGCUUCUCCAUCUGUAGACAGUGCACACACAAGAAGACUGGACAGAAAUACGCAGUCAAGAUUGUCAGCAAGAGGAUGGAGGCGCAGACGCAGAAGGAAAUAGCAGCCCUGAAGCUCUGCGAUGGCCACCCUAACAUCGUGAAGUUGCAUGAAAUUUACCAUGACCAGCUCCACACGUACCUGGUGUUGGAGCUGCUCGGUGGAGGGGAGUUGCUGGAAAGGAUCCGCAGGAAGCAACAUUUCAGCGAGACGGAGGCCAGCCGCAUCAUGCGCAGACUCGUGUCGGCUGUCAGUCACAUGCACGAUGUUGGGGUGGUGCACAGGGACCUCAAACCGGAGAAUCUGCUCUUCACAGACGAGAGCGAGAACUCCGAGAUAAAGAUCAUAGACUUUGGCUUUGCUCGCCUCAAACCACCAGACAAUCAGCUCCUGAAAACUCCCUGCUUCACACUGCAAUACGCAGCACCUGAGAUACUCAAAUAUGAUGGCUACGACGAGUCCUGUGAUCUGUGGAGUCUGGGGGUCAUUCUGUACACCAUGCUGUCCGGCCAGGUACCUUUCCAGUGUCAGGAGAAGAGCCUGACCCACACCAGUGCUGAGGAGAUCAUGAAAAAAAUCAAACAGGGGGACUUUUCUUUUGAAGGCGAGGCCUGGAGGAAUGUAUCUCAGCAGGCCAAGGACCUUAUACAAGAGCUCCUGACGGUGGAUCCAAACAAGAGGAUUAAAAUGUGCGGCCUGCGUUACAAUGCCUGGCUGCAGGACGACAGCCAGCUGUCCUCCAACCCGCUCAUGACCCCGGACAUCCUGGGCUCCUCUACUGCCUCCGUCCACACUUACGUCAAAGCUACCUUCAAUGCAUUUAACAAAUGUAAGCGGGAAGGCUUCCGCCUGCAGACAGUGGACAAGGCACCGCUGGCCAAGAGGAGGAAAAUGAAAAAGACCAGUACCAGCACAGAGACCCGCAGCAGUUCCAGUGAGAGUACCCAUUCCUCGUCGUCCUCCUCCCAGUCUCAGGAGAAGACACCUCCAGAGGGUGACGCCAACCCCCAGCCCUCCAGCAGCACUCCUCUCACCACCCCGGUCAACACACCUGUGGCUCUGGGAACGGACUCUGAGCACGCCCACCAGCCUGCGCCUCCAGCCUUUCACUUCUCAGAGGGAAAGUGAGAGAGAGAAAAACAGAGGAAGACAGAUUCGUGAACUGACGGAUGGACUGAACCAGUGUAGAGACAGCUCGCUCUUUUUCUCUCUGUCCCUGGCAGCUGUCUGCCUCUGGUUCAGUCAAAUGCAUGGGCAACCGCAUGCCUCCAAACCAAGCAUGCAGCAGGAGCAGCAACCACCACCUCAGUCAGUCAGUCAAUCAAUCAGUCAUCACUAGCAAUAGCCUUUCUGUCACUCUCUUUCUCUCACUUUCACACAUGGACAGUAUUAAUCAGGGACUGGACCAGGAAGAAGUUGUCAUUGGUGUCCAAAAGAAAGGGCUGCCCUCCUGCCCCAGGUCCAGACAGACAAUGGAGAAAUAUCCUCAACCUCAUCCUAAAAUUGCAGUUCACUCUUUGUCCGGUCCAUUUAACUGUCUCCUCUUUGUCCAUGCCUCCAGAGGCCUAAAGGGAAAGUCGCAGUGUUUACACCACGGAUGCUUUAUAUUUUUGUCAAAGGGAGAAAAGAAAACUCGAAGUGCUGCAGCGUGACAUGGGUCCACUUCUCUUCAUGAGAAGUCUCUGCAAGAUGGAGCAGGGUAUUUAUAUGUGAAUUUACAGACUGAAAUUUAUUUAUGAUAAGCUAUAUUGGUAACUUAUUUAUGGUUCAGACUGAUCUGAGAUGAAUUAAUGGAUACAGUAUGAGUCUUUAAAAAAAUAGAUAUUUUAUGUAUGUGUAUAUGUUAAGACAUUUUCCCUUUGAACUAAAAAGACUGUUUCUGUGUAGUCAGAUGGUUAUUCAUACCUCUUCCUAAUCAUCAUAGACACCAAUGCUUCAAGUAGCUUUUUGAAAGUUAUGUAGACACUGUCAUAUGUCCAAAGAUCAUAAGCAAGGGAAGAAAAUAACACAAGCCAGUAACCAAAUGGUGGUAAAUUCUGGCAAUGGCUUGUUGGAUAAAAACAAAACAAAACAUCAGUUGGAAGUUUUUUAUGCAUUUAUUUAUUUAUUUAUUAUCAUUAUUAAUAUUUUUUCUUAUUCAAAACUUUCUUUAUUGGGGUUUUGUUACAAAACACCAGACUUAUAUAUACUGCAUAAUACAGGUUCCUUAUUUAGGUUUGUGAAAUUGUCUGGGUGGCUGGUGAAUUUGGGUAUAGACCAGCAGUGUCCAGUGGUCGAAAAAAGUGGAUUUCAUGCUCUGUUCAUAGGAAUUGAAGAAGCAAAUGUGCAAACAUCUAUUUGUAGGGUCGACUGAUGGCAGAUGUAGAGAAAGUUCAGCCAAAUUAGUGUUCUAAUCACUGUAAAGGGAAUUCUUAUACUGAAGAGUUACGAGCCCCAGGAGGAAAGCUAUACUUAGCUAGCUUGGUUAUGGGUUGUUUUGCUUUUGAUUGAGGAGUUUUUCUGCUGUGUGAGCAUAGCCGACCUAUCACAUGGUGUGACCCUCAAGCCAAUAUUUAUCCCAGCAGUGGAAUUGCCCUGGCAGUAGUUAGUGUCCUGUGGUGUAGGACUUAACAGUCAGUGUGUCAACAUGGCUACAAGCAAUUGGAUUGGGUGGAACAUCCUAAUGGAAAAUUCAGAUCAGCUUAGUGGAGAUCUGGCAGACCCAAGGUGAUGGGGACAAGAAGUUUGAAGUUGAGUGUGAUGAGAUCCAAGAUGCCAAAGCCCAGCUUAAAGUGGAUUUCUCUUCAGAUAGAACAACAGCAAGAUACAAUUAUUUAUAGAAACAAAGGAAAGGGUUAUGUGCCAAAAAUGGUAUUGAAUCGGGUAAUGCUUUGGAUUUAGGCUGUUAAAUUAAUAACACCAGGAUGUUUUAAAGAUAAUGUAGAUGGUCAAUGCUCCCAGCAACAGGCAACAAAGUGAAAAAAUGUACUCCUUUGUUGACUGGCAACAAGAUGUUGUUGUGUGAUUAAAGUAGCAACACAGACAAAACCCCUUGGGCACUGUUGCUCAACAGAUUUGCCCAAAAAGUUGCCCUUUACAUCACUGCCUUAAGUCUUGACUUGUACAAAAAAAAAUUUACUGUUUGUGAGAACAUCAAGUUCCUGACGAGGACCUCAAACUAUCUCCUUUUUACUUUGGCUCAGUCCCUUACUUUCUUCACUAUGUUGUACUGCAUGACUGAAAUGGUGAUCUUUGCACUGUGUGACAGCUCUUACUUCCAGUGAGGUUAGUUUUAGGUCCUUAGUGCAUGACGUGAACUGAAACAUCAACCUCUACUUUUAUUUGUUCCUCAGACUUUUUUCAGAGUUUUACUUGAUUUUAUGUGAGUCCGUUUACUUGCACAUUCAGUAUUCUGAUUUAAUUUGAGACACUGAAGUAUUCUGUUUGAGGUUUGGUGAAUGUUAACACCAAAAAUUCUUUUACAAUAGCCUGAAUAUUCUUUAUAUUCUCUAUGCUCAUAAGCUGGUAUCGACCAGGAUAAGUGUUUAUUGUUUUUGUUUUUGUUUUUUUUGUUUUUUUUUUGUCUCCAUCUUAGUAGUUGAUAUAUUCAGUAAAUGUGCACAGGGGUAUUUGUUAGUGGCAUGUGAAGAUGCCUAUAAACAAUUUCCCCUAAAUAAGAGUUUCAUCAGGAUACAAAUUGUCAGUUGGAAUACUGUGUGCAUUUAAACACACUCCUCAUCUUCUUCCAUUUUAAUGCACUCUGAAUCAGAACCAAAGCAUUAAAAACAAUUCAUGGUAGCUGCUCUAAGCUGCAUGAGAUUUUUCCUUUCAUGCAAAUAUGCAAAGAAAUGCUUCUUUUGUCGCAGUUUUGUUUGUUUUGUCCCCCUGGUGAAAUAUGUUAGAUGUUUGUUGUUGAGAUCAUUUUGUAGCAGUACAUGGUAUGCUUGUUAGAGCAAAAAGAUGCUUCAUUACAGGACUUAACAUCCACAUUCAACACAUUUCCAUGCUUAAAACUAUGCAUCUCUUUUCCCUGCUGUAUUGCUUUGCCAUUUAAAAAAAGGCUACAUCCAGUGGGUCCAAGCAAAGUGCUUGAAAUGGCAUCACACUUUUACCCACACAGUAUCAACUGCAGUAGAAAUAAAAAAGUAGAAUCCAUUGCCUGUAUUAAAAGCUGGAAACCUUGGAGCUAAACACUACAAAGCUCUUGCCUAACUUAGUUCGCAUGAGUUCCCCGUUGCUGCCUCAUUAAGCCUCUUUUCUUUUGUUUGGGUGUAUUAAUAGCUCAAGUGGAGGAAGGGGAAGUGGAGUGUCCUAUAUUGAACUCCCCUCUGGGAGACAGGCUCUAUUAGCUGAUGGGCUGCAGCGGUGUUUGUUCCAAAGAAAAUACUCCACUCACUGCCUCCGUGGGACCCAGCUCACUUUCUGUUUGGGGAAAAGAACAAUGUAUUACAUGUUACAGGAAAGGGGUGUUUUAGUGCCAGAGUCUCUUGAGGCUGAACCAGCCCCCCACCCCCUUUGAUGAACCGCUUGUUCAGUGUGCCACUAAGUAGAAAAGGGAGAGGGACCAGUUUUGAUGCGAGGUUGUGUGUCUCCGAUGCCAUUUUUGUUUGCCCCAUGGAAUUUGAAUGGAAGUUUCUUUUCCAUUCAUUUACAUUCUUCAGUGAUUCUCCUCGUCCAUAGCUUAAGGAUGCGUUGCUGGAUGUGUUCCACCUGAUGAACAACUGAUUGUUUAACUGCAGAUCAGUAUCACAGUAAAGCAGUGUUUCUGCAACCCCAUAUAUCCUUUUUUUUUGUCAUUUUAGAUGAUGAAAUAAGUGUGAAUUUCAGGGCUGAUGGGGUUGCAUAUGUUCCUGUAUGGCAUCAUGGAUGCACUUAAACAAACAGUGAACCCACUAUCUACAUGAAAAGAUAUUUUCCUCCUUAAUUAUCCCUAGUGCAUUCUGUCCAUCCAUAUUUCUGUGUGAUUGGGUGAGGUUUACAGUCUGCCACAAUCGCCACCAUCUCUCUACAUGUAAAAAAAAACAACAAAAAACUCAACAGCAACAGCUCUUUCUAAAAACAACACCGGCAAACUAUAUCUAUCCACCCUGAAUUUAUACUCCUUGGGGGUGGAUAGAUACAGUAUGCCAGUGUUCUUCAUUAGGAAAUAGUUCAGAAAAAAACUCUUUGUGCCCGGGGGUUGUGGGUUAUGCUGUGUAUCCAUGUCAUUGUUUUUGGAAAGCACUGUCCCUACUGAAUUUCUGACAUGUAAAAUUUUCACAGCUUGAGCUCCACAAAUGAAUACAGCCCCACUAAUCAGGUGCAGGGCAACAGGGAAGAAGAUCGUAAUAGACUGGAAAUCUUGCCAAAUCACACAGAAACAGAAACUAUCAGUGUGGAUAGAUUGCACUAGUGUGAAAGGGAAAUUGUUUUUUAGGACAACUGUUCUUUUAGAGGCAGUUUGUAAAUGAAACGGUGGGUUCAUAGCAGAAGCAAUGUCAGACUCCAGCUUUGAGAGCCUUGCUAUUGUUGUAGCUGCUGUGUAAUGAGGGGUAAAGCGUCUCAGAGUGUCUUCUACUGAGGUGCGAUCAUCUAGUAGCCGUCCUCUGCCUUCUGGCCAGAUGCUCCUGCUUCUGGUCAGCAGAGUGAGGAGUUGAUUUGGAGCUGUCCGCGGUGCUGAAGUAUCCAAAGCUCCAGUGGUGCUGAAAGAACAGCUGGCCUUCCUCAGCGGACAGUAACAGCUAUCGCUUGAUGCUGGGGGAAUUCCCUUUUUGUUUGACCACCAGGGAGGUCAGCUAAAGAACCGCACCCCUGUCUUGCUCAAGGACACUUCAGCAGGGUGGAUGCUUGCCAACAAUGGCGUCAGUCAGUUACAGAUUCACUACACCCACUUCACCGCCCUGCUACCCUGUAAUGAUAGUGACAGUGACGGAGACUUGGGUUUGAUUUAUUGCAGGCCUUUGGGGAAGCGAUGCCAAACUGCCAUCAUUGCAUAUGUCACCAUCAUCAUCAUCAUCAUCAUCAUCAUCAUCAUCAUCAUUAUGCAUGGUUAAUGCUUUGCUGCUCAGUUAUCAGUGCUUUUCAAAUGCCAUUGAUCCCUGCCUUCACACGUCAUCACUGAACCUUGUCUAAAAGUACUGUAGCAGUGAAUCCCUUUGAGAUUGGUCAAUAUUAAACUUUCAAAACAUGCAAUCAAGCUUUAAGGGCAACAUUUUGCACUUGUAUGUUAUUUUAAACAUGUAGUUGGUUUAUCAUACAAAACCAAAAAAAAAGUCCAUUUGAAUUUGCAAGGGUCAGAUGUUCAACUUAAUCAUCUGUCUGUCUGUCUGGAUGGCUGUUGUCAAACAUUUGUAAGACAAUAUUGUAAUUAACCUCAACACCGAAGAGUACUUUUACUUAUUGCAAGGAUACACCAUGUGCAUACCUGCUUUUUAGAGGGCACUGUGAACAUCAUCAUUCAGGUCUUCAGGCACACCAAUGAUAGCAUACAGAAAAGGGAUCACAUUUAAAAGCGCACAUAUAUUUUUGUUUUGCCUCAAUAAACGCUUUACCUGCUGGCUGAAUAUAUCUGUAUGUUAAAUAAUCUGAAAUGAUUCAUGUUCAGUCUUGUCUUUUGAUAGACCCUUGGCUUAACCCCAUCUGUGACAGGCAUUUACACCUUUACUGACAGUACUAUGUGAUACCAGUAUUUGAGUUGUGUAUGUAUGAGUUGCCGCUAGGACAAUAAAUGUGCAAAUUUGUGUUCAUUUAAUGAUCUUGAGUAAUAAAAUGAUUUUGAUUAGGUACAAGCAUUUUCAUAUCUACAGUGGAGAUUUUGAUUUGAAAGGCAUUUCACCAGACAGCAAUGUUAGCAUUAUAAAGCAUCAUUUAUAUCCUAUUUUUCAUCCACCUUAAAAACAUUUUUUGUAUGUGCUGUUGUUGUUCAGCAGGCAGCCUCUAGAGGGCAGUAUUUGAUAAAAUACUACAGGAGAGUAACCCCAAACCUCUCCUGGGUAGCAGAUCAGCUUGUGGUCACUGUGCAGCAUUAACUCUAUUCAGCAUUUGUGGUUCAUCCCUAGAUAAGUUGAAUAGGAAAAUGUGUGGAAAAAACUUCAAAAUUAUAUAGUCAUUUUUUCAUUUUAUCUAGCAGGGCUAGAGGUUUAUGUGUAUAGUGUUAAGUUCACACUGGAAUUGUCUUAGUUGGUCGAUAAAUGCAUAUUUAAAACCAAAUUAAGAUUAUUUGUGUCUUAUAAAGUGAACUGUAAAUAUCGUACUGUAAAUGUCCAGCGGUAUUUUUAUGGUAUGUCUUACAAAAAAAAAAAAGUCAUGUGUGCAGUAAGUUUGACAGAGGGACUAAAGAAAUGUUAGUCUCUGAAAGAAAGCAAUUCAUAUGAUGAAUCUACAUUUGUCUGUUUCUUAUGUAUUUUGUAUUGUCAGGAUUAUAUUAAAAAUACCAGUGUGAGAUGGGGUGAUUUUUUUUUGGUGCGGAGAAGAGUUGAAUCAACUCUGCCGAUAUGGACUACAAGGGACUGAUUGAUCAUUUGUAAAGUAUUGAUAUUUGAGCAUUGUUUGUGUUUGCAGAUUUUGCCUGUUCAGUGUUUAAUAUAUCUGUGAAGAAAUGUUUAUUUAAGACGUUAAGGGCUUUAGGGUUUUUGAAUCCUUCAUCAAGAAUAUCAUGUUUGUUUGUCACAUGUUCAAAUAAAAUGUUUAAGUUCACU